GUCGAAUUUAUCAGUCGACCGUCUGCGGUUUGAAGUGAUCUAGUUCGUCAGAAAAAACACAGACCACGUUCACAAUGAAAUCGAUGGUGGUGUUAUUCGCUGUAAUGGCCGUGGCUUGCGGCUCCCUGGUGCCGCUGGCGCAGCCCGCGCACCACGCGGCGCUCGUGCUGGACCCGCACGGCCGGCCGCUCGACACCGCCGAGGUGAUCAACGCCCGCGCUCUGCACCUGCAGGCUAAGGCCCUGGACGGACACUACGCUCCCCUCGCGCACGCUGCCGUCGUACCCUACGCGCACUCCGUGGUCGCGCCCGCCGUGCUGGCCGCGCCCGCCGCCGUCUCCCACCAGUCGCGUGUGGACGUGCGCAGCAGCCCCGCCGUCGUGCGCUCCGUCGUCGCCGCUCCCGUGCUGGCGCACGCCGCCUACUCCUCUCCUCUGCUGGCCCACUCCGCCCUCGCUCACUCGCACUACCUGAAGAAGCGCUCCCUGGGACACCUCGCCUACGCCGCUCCCGUGGUCGCCCACGUGGCGCCCUCCGCCGUGUCGCACCAGUCCCGCGUGGACGUCGUCUCUAGCCCCGCGGUGGUGUCUCACGCCGUCGCUCCCGUGGUGUCUCACGCCUACGCCGCUCCCGUGGUGGCGCACGCCGCCCCGGUGCUCGCCGUGGCUCCCUCCGCCGUCUCCCACCAGUCCCGCGUGGACGUGCGCAGCAGCCCCGCUGUCGUGUCCCACGCCGUGCACGCCGCUCCCGUCUACGCCGCCGCCGCUUACGCCGCUCCCGCGUACUCCGCGUACGGCGCUCACGCCGGACUCCUGCACUCUGCUCCCCUUGCCCACGGCCACGCCUGGUGAACAGCGAAACUGACGAACACCUAAGACUAUGAACCUAAGAUGAUGUAAAAAUAAUAAAAAAAAAGUUAUUUAUGAAAUAAAUAAUAAGGGAAACCCUA